UUUAGGGACCGCUAGCCGAUAGCCGAAAGCUACCACCCAGUGUUUUCACAUUUUUAAAGUAAUGAACUAAUAAACUUUGUUUAAUAUGGAUUUCUUAAAAGCGGAGAUCGCAAGGAAAAGAAAGUUCUUGGAGGAGAAACAGCUCGUCGAUGACAAAAAGAAGUUCUUCAAGAGAGAUGAACUGGCCCGAAUGGAGAAAGAUGAAUAUUACAGAAGAUGUGGAUACAAGGUUGCUCACGAACAGCCUGUAACGAAGCUGGAGAAGAAUAAGGAAGAUGAGGAACAAGCCCCAACCACUUCAUCCAACCCUGUAUUAGAACUGGAGCUCACAGAGGAGAAGUUGCCAAUGACUUUGUCCAGACAAGAGGUGAUCAGGCGUCUGAGGGAGCGUGGUGAACCCAUCCGUCUGUUUGGCGAGACUGAUUACGAAGCCUUUCAGAGGCUCAGAAAGAUUGAGAUCCUCGCCCCAGAAGUGAACAAGGGUUUGAGAAACGAUCUAAAGGCUGCUAUGGAUAAGAUCGAUCAGCAGUAUUUGAAUGAAAUCGUGGGAGGGCAGGAAUCCGUAGAUCCGAAUACACAGGAUGAUCUGAAGGUGCACGAAGAAAACACCACAAUCGAGGAGCUGGAGGCUCUGGGUAAAUCUCUCGGCACGGGAAACGAUAUUAAAGAUAUGGAUAUAAUAGACAAAGUGAUGCGGUUCUUGCUGGGUGUGUGGGCUAAAGACCUAAACAGCAGAGAGGACCACGUCAAACGGAGUGUACAGGGCAAGCUGGCCAGCGCCACUCAGAAACAGACCGAGUCUUAUUUAAAGCCGCUGUUCAGAAAACUGCGCAAGAAGACUCUGUCUGCAGACAUUAAGGAAUCCAUCACAGACAUCAUCAAAUUCAUGUUAGAGAGAGAAUAUGUGAAGGCCAACGAUGCGUACCUGCAGAUGGCGAUAGGGAAUGCGCCGUGGCCCAUCGGUGUGACCAUGGUGGGCAUCCACGCCCGUACCGGUCGAGAAAAGAUCUUCUCCAAACACGUAGCCCACGUUCUCAACGAUGAGACUCAGAGAAAGUACAUCCAGGGGCUGAAAAGAUUAAUGACGAUCUGUCAGAAGCAUUUCAUUACAGAUCCUUCCAAAUGUGUGGAAUAUAAAGCUCUGUGAUCACACAGUGUUGUCUCUAUUGUAAAUAAAGUGUAAAUAUUAAACUCACACUAGUGUAACUGGUUUAAAUUUUCCUGUUGUCAUGUGCUGAGACUAUUACACACACCAACCUGCCCCAUCUAAAUACCUACCAGUGGUGGAGCCUCAUAGAGAACCGUACCAAGCACAGAGAGCCACGCUAUGAACUCAGUUCUAGUGCAGCCACUUGUGUCUGUCUGGACAUUCAAAUUCAAGAUUGAGAUGUUAUGGUGGUGGGCUGGCGCAUUAGACUGCUGCGCCACCCGAGCGCCCCUGAUUUUUUUUUAUAUUGAAAAUUAAAUAUUAAUAAGUUUGUUUUAUUGUAUUUAGUAGUAUUUCAGUUUUGUUGUUGGUGGUUUUCUUUUGUUAAUGAUUUGAAUUGAUUUGUUUAUGUUCAUUUUUGCAUUAAAAAUUCUGUUUGCAUUUAUAA